CGCCACGGCGAGGCAUCUAAUGUCCACUAUGUGCCGUCUGGAGGGACUAGUACAGCUGUCUCGUUUUUCUCAUCAAGUGUUCCUGGCCGAGGUCCGACGGUCCCCCAGCAGCCCUACAAUGUCGGGACAACGCACGCGUUUCAUUUCGGCACUGGCAAUGGAAUGCCAGUCGUGUUCAACCUCGCGGAGGGAACAAGUGUCCCUUUGCAGCAGCUGAUAAAUCGGCAGACAAGCCACCUUCAGGGACGCAAUGAACGUAUUGCGGAUAUGCCAGGUGACACAAUCUCUAUUCGCAUUGAGGGUGUGAUCUCGCAAGUCAUGUCGACAGCCGCAGCUAUCAUACGUCUUGGGGGAAAAUGCAAUACCACGAUAUCUGUUGCGAUCCCCCCCGUCAUCAAUAUGACAUCUCACUCAACGCCACAGUGGUACUUAUUCACCUCAAUACAUCUCGCCCAACACAGAUCCUGCACCCCUCAGACCCUGACCCAUCCUACCAUGAUUCCAGGGCACAUCAUGGCUCGCACCAACAGCUGCCAUCGUGACCAUGCGUUGUCUAUCGGUGAAGGCUGCAAGUUGCAACUGCGAGUUCAGAAGUCCGAACGCGUGCCAUGCUUGUAAUACUGCCCUGUUUAUUCCUCUGCAGACAAUAGAUAAUUGCUACGCGCUGUCAGAAGUAUCAC